UUCAAGAGCUAAAUAGAGUAGUAUAGCAAGUCCAGGAUCGAUGGCGUCAGCAGUGCGCACGGGUGCGGCGGCGCUGGUGGUGGCGCUCGCGGUGUUGGCUCUCGCCGGCGGCGGCCACGCGCAGCUGCACUAUGGGUUCUACAAGGGCAAGUGCAACGGCAGCGACGUGGAGGCGGUGGUGCAGGGUAUCGUGAAGGCCCGCUUCGCGCGCGAGAGCCCCAUCGUCGCCUACCUCCUGCGCAUGCAGUUCCACGAGUGCGCCGUCAAUGGCUGCGACGGCGGUCUGCUGAUCGACGGCCCCGGCACGGAAAAGACGGCGCCGCCGAACCUGAGCGUGAAGGGCUACGACCUCAUCGCGGCCGUCAAGGCGGAGCUGGAGCGGAGGUGCCCCGGCGUCGUGUCCUGCUCCGACAUCCAGAUCCUGGCCACCAGGGACGCCGUGGCGCUGGCCGGCGGGCAGGCAUACUCUGUGCGCACGGGGCGGAGGGACCGCCGCCAGUCCCGGGCCUCCGACGUCAAGCUCCCGGCGCCGGAGUACACGGCGGCUCAGGCGGUCGCGUUCUACGGCACGAUGGGUCUGAGCGCGUUCGACACGGUUCUCCUGCUGGGCGCGCACACGGUGGGCGCCACGCACUGCAGCGCGAUCAAGAGCAGCCGACUAUACGGGUACGGCGGGAAGGUCGGCGCGACGGACCCCGGUAUGGACCCGUACUACGCGUUCGUGUACAAGAACUGGGUGUGCCCCAACACGGCGUCGUCGGACGGCAACCUCGUGUUCCUGGACGAUCAGUGGAGCGCGCUGCGGGUGGACAACAACUACUACAAGAACCUGCAGCGCCGCCGCGGCGUGCUCUCCGUCGACCAGAACCUGUACAACGAUGGCUCCACGCGCUGGAUCGUGGACCUGCUCGCCAACAAUGCCGGCCUCUUCCAGUCGCUGUUCCCGCAGGCGCUCAUCAAGCUCAGCGAGGUCAACGUGCUCACCGGCACGCAGGGGGAGAUCCGCAAGGUCUGCAGCAAGUUCAACUGAUCAAGCCAUGCAUCCAUACUCCAUUCAUAGAGUCUUCUUCUUCUUCUGUUGAUUUGUAUGUCAUGCUUGAUUCAUUCUUUGUGUCGGAUUUUGUAACA